UAUUGCAACGAGCAGUACCAUACAAUCAUGUCGUCAACUCCGUCCAUGCAGAAAGGGCGUACAAUGGUCGAGACUGUCAAGGAAGCUGCCAGUCUCCUUGCUAAAAGCGGUCGUCCUAGGGGGCCCCGCACUCCGCGUGGCAAAAUGACGAGCCGGUCUGCGAAAGCUGGACUUCAAUUUCCUGUUGGUCGCAUCAACCGAUUGCUGAAGAAAGGUCGUUAUGCUCCACGUAUUGGCAGUGGUGCCCCUGUGUAUCUCGCAGCAGUCCUGGAGUACCUUACAGCUGAGGUUCUUGAGCUCGCUGGAAACGCAGCCCGUGAUAACAAAAAGACUCGCGUUAUCCCUCGUCAUUUGCAACUCGCCAUUCGUAACGAUGAUGAGUUAAACAGACUUCUUUCCAAUGUUACAAUUAGCCAGGGGGGUGUCCUCCCCAAUAUCCAUUCGGUGCUCUUACCCAAAGGUCGUACUGCAAAGGGAGUGGAAGAUAUAUCCAAGUCCUCUACGGGAGGAAAGACCGGCAGGAGUGCACGCCAAUAGCGAUAGGGAUUCGGCUAUGCAGGUAAAUGUAAAGGAUUCCCUAGCACUGUCCUCUGGUAGCAGAUUAUGCAUGUCGGAAAUAAGCUGUGAUCAUGAUUAGGUCAGAAUACAUCCU